GCUUCCAUCGAUUCUCCCAACAAUCCCAGCCAUUGGCCCAUUGCGACCAAGUUUCAUGGAGGGUCGAUGAUCAAGCUUCAUCACCUCUAUCGAUCUUCCGUCUCGGCGCUUCUCUCACUUGUCAAAGCUUCACGUGUUCAGUUGUAGUUGCACAUCUUCCAGAAGAGUGGCAUGAGUUGUUCAAUUGUUAUCCAAAGUUUAGCAAAUAGUGGUAGCUGUAUAUCAUAUCAUAUCAUCCACAGAGUUUAGCCAUGGCAAUUUGAUGUUAUUUAUGUAGACGAUGAAGAUAAAUUGCUUCAGUCACAGGAUGUUUAAUACUUCAACCCCCUUUUCACCCAUAAAACUUCCAUCUCAAAUGGAAACCCAUCUUUGGUAUGCAUUACCAAAUGAAGUGAAAAGUCAAUCUUUACUAAAUCAGUAUGUUGACCUUCUAUCACCACUUGAGAAAGACCACAUUUUCAGCAUUAGUGCCCUUCAUCUUCAAAAAAGUGCUUUGUUAGCCCGUGCACUUGUUCGUACUACUAUAUCUAGAUAUCAGAUAGGCUCUCAAGUCAACCCAAGGUCUCUUGAGUUCAGAAAGAACCCCCAUGGGAAACCCGAGGUAAUUUGGCAAAAUAGUGAAGAUUGGCAUCCACCACCUCUACAUUUUAAUCUCUCCCACACAUCAUCACUAAUAGCAUGUGGAGUGACCAUUGACUCCCCAAUUGGUAUUGAUGUAGAGGAUAAGCAAAGGACAAUGAAAAACAAUAUAUUAUCAUUUGCUAAACGAUAUUUCACUUUUGAAGAAGUGGAAUUAUUAAGUGCAAUUUCAGACCCUGAAGUUCAACGCCAUGAGUUUAUUAAACUUUGGACACUAAAGGAAGCGUAUGUUAAAGCAUUGGGAAGAGGGUUCUCAGGUGCUCCUUUUAGCACAUUUACAAUUAGGUUUAGGUCUGUGAAUCCUGAUUCUGAGGAUUCUGAGAUAGUGAUUGUGCCUUUAGAGAAGCCAAGUGAGCUUACAACUAAUUGGCAAUUUGCACAAGUUGAAUUGGCUGGUUCUCACUAUGCAGCCAUUUGUAGGGAGAGCAAUGGAGGAGGGGCUCCAAUGAAAGUGGUUGUGCGGAAGACGAUUCCUCUUGUUGAAGAACACAUUGUUUCAGAGAUUGAUUGACUUGAUUAUAUUAUUAUUAUUACAAAGUGGUCUAAAAUUAUAAAAACCUUGUAAAUCAAUGAUUUGUUUCAACCUGUUAUCAAUGAAAGAUGUUUGAUACUGAAAA